CGGACUGUGAUUUCUCUAUGAGUCUGGACUGAGGAUGUGGCUCCUUCUCCUCUGGGCAACAAGCUGGAGGCUUCUGGGCUCAGGAUUUGCUCUUCAGAUUCAGUGCUAUCAGUGUGAGGAAUUCCAACCCAAUGACUGCUCUUCCCCAGAGUUUAUUGUCAACUGCACAGUCAAUGUCCAGAACAUGUGUCAGAAGGAGGUCAUGGAGAAGAGUGAUGGGAUAUUAUAUCGAAAAUCAUGUGCAUCUUCAGGAGCUUGUCUGAUGGCCUCUUCUGGUUACCAGUCCUUCUGUACACCCGGCAAAGUAAACUCUGUGUGCAUCACUUGUUGUAACACCCCUCUCUGCAACGGACCUAGAACCAAGAAAAAGAGGAAUUCUGCACCACGCUUCCAUGGCGGGACCUUCUCUGCGCCUCUGUCACUAAUGCUGACUCUUAUGACAAUGCAACUGUAG